AAACUUUAGCUUUCCCGGCUCAAACGUCAUGGGUUUUUUUUAACAUACAAUAAAGAAAAAAACUUAAUUUUAGAGGGGAAAAAAGGUCAUAUAAUAACGUCAGCAAAUUCGUGCUAAUUUAGCCCUCAAAAUCACAUUAAUUUAUUUUCGGGCAGCUUUGAACUCAGCGGGCAAUUAAAACGAGUAAUUGAAGGUGUGUCUGCAGGUGUGCAGGAGCGUAGCUAUACCUCACAGGCUAGCAGGGUGCUAUCCACAGUCUAGGACACGGUUUUAAGGAUGAAUUCGCUCACAAAGGAGCUAGCUGAUGUUUUUUGGGAGGACUGUGAAAAUGAUGUGACAUUUUACGGCUUUACCGACACUGAACUCAAAGAUGAGCAGAAUUGCAGUUUUGGAGAUGAAGAUGAAGCUCAAGCUCAGCUGGACAUUUUCCCCAAGGAAGAGGAAACUAAAUCUAAAGCAUCUGCUACUUCUACAGUCCAGCCCUUCAGGCUGAGGGUGGCUCUGCGCUCAGCUCCCUCUACCCAGCAGUCUACGGACGAUGAGGAUGCAGAGGCGGAGGAGAGGACGACAUACAAGAAAGGAGUCAAAAGGACAGGACAGCGCAAUAGGACAAAGAAGGAGAGACACGUGAAAUUUGAAGAUGGCGAGGCAGCAGCGGCUCGGCCUGCUUCCACUGAGGACCGAGGUUCUGAUUCAGCAGAUGAUGCGUCGGACACUUUCCUGGCCAGAAGAGAGCAGAACAUUAAAGCCAACAAAGCCAUGUUGGCUCAGCUGAUGGCAGACCUGCAGAAAAUGCCAGGAGGUGCAGGGCUGCUGAAGAAACAAGCAGGCAAACAGAAGGCAAAAGACAGAAGCUCUCAUCCGCCACGAUCUGCUGCGACUGGAGGAGAAUCCAGGAGAAACCCAGAGCGGGCGUCUCGCAGGCUGACAAGGUCCAUGUCGGGAACGGAGGAUCCUUUGGCUGCUGAGGAGGCAGAAGUGGAGCUCAGCUUGGAGGAGGAGCUGCUGGAGGUACGCCAAGCUCCACGGCGUCGUGGCGUCCCACGAGGUAAUCGAAGCAAACCUCACAUUAUUCGUCCGGUAGAAGAAAUCACAGAAGAUGAUCUCGAGUUGGUCGCAGACAACAUGACCGAGAAAGUCUACAACAGUGUCACCGGUUCCACGUGUCAUCAGUGCCGUCAGAAAACUGUUGACACAAAGACGUGCUGUCGCAGUGAGGACUGCCGUGGGAUUCAGGGUCAGUUCUGCGGGCCGUGCCUGAGGAACCGAUAUGGAGAGGAUGUCAAAAAAGCGCUGCUUGAUCCGGACUGGAAAUGCCCUCCCUGUCGAGGCAUUUGCAACUGCAGCUUCUGUCGUCAGCGUGAGGGCCGCUGCCCAACCGGCAUCCUCUUCCCCCUGGCUCAAUAUCACGGCUUCUCUGACGUCCACUCCUACCUCACCAGCCUCCGCAACAAACUCAAGACCGAGGUGGAUGAUGUAGAGAUGUAAUUUUAACACUAGAGGGAACCAGUGUUCAAAGGUUUUAUUGUGCAGUGUUUUACUUUUUAUGAAAAUAAAGUUUGGCAUUUUAACGUUUUUGUCAUUACA